GUGUUUCUUUGUUCUCACGCUCCUGCUCCACCUGCUCCUCCUCCUUCGAGUAAACCCCAUCUCACUGGCACGCCAGAGUGCAGCAGCGAAAGAGCAUUUCAGAUUACCGAGGGGAGAUCCCAAACCUUCACGAAUUGCUCGUUGAAUCUUGCAAGAGUCGGUGGAUUACAUACAGGAAUUUCAGGAUGGCGGUGGCGAUGUCGAUGGCGUCGUCGUCUUUGUGUUUCUCAGGGGUGUCCAGGGUGAAUGCAAGCACCGUCCGCCAGGGAGCGAGGAUUGGCGGAGGUUCGGGUUCUUCGUGGGUCGCACGAAGGACGACGGUGCCAAGGUUGAGAAGUUCGAGAAGUUUGAAAGUGAUUGCGGGUGUAGCUGAUCUUGGAAAGGAGCAACAGCCGGUUGGUGAGAAAUUCGGCAGGGGAUUCUUUCUGCUGCUUGAGUCGUUGAGGAAGAGCGUGAGUCAGAUGGGUGAGAAAUUAGGGAAUGCUAUAGCGCUGCCCGAGUUCAAGCCUCAAAGCGAAGAGGAGUUGCAGUUGCUGACUGCUUUGAAGGGAAGGAUGGUGUGUGCUGCUGCCCCUUUAUUUUUUGCUGCGAUUUCUCAGUCGGCGCCCGUGAACACCCCUCUGACCGUGGUGGCUAGUGGAAUGGCCAAGUGGUUGGAGCUUUACAGUGGGGUUCUUAUGGUACGUGUGCUUCUCAGUUGGUUCCCGAACAUCCCAUGGGAGAGACAGCCACUUCAAGCCAUGAGAGACAUGUGUGAUCCUUACCUGAACUUGUUUAGGAACAUCAUUCCUCCACUUUUCAACGCUCUUGAUUUGAGCCCAAUGUUGGCUUUUUUGGUUUUGGGAGUGCUCACUUCUAUCCUAAACACCACCAUCCAGUCAGGCUAAGUUUUCUCAUGGAGACUCGAGUGCCCCAUUUAGCAGGGGCUUAUAGUGGGGUCUUUGUUGUAGAUCACCGGCCUUGUGACUGUAAUGUUCCUUGGUGAUAGUUCCAAGCUGCGAGGCUGAGUCCUGCCAGUGGAGUCAUUUGAAGGUUUGGCGUGGACAUAUGUUCGUAUACAGUUCAAAAUGGUGCUACUUCGUAGACUCAUAGUACAUUAGCGAGCCAAAGAUGUUGAGAGGAGGGUUUGUAGCGGUUUACUAUCAACUCGAGACAGGUGAAGGAUUACGAGCUGUUAACUUCCUUUGGCUGGCGUUCACAACGAAUUUAUUGUAACAUUAUGAGAGGUGUAGGGUAGUCACGCAAUCACUAUUUCCAACAUGUGCCAAAUGUUGAAAGUCAAAUUUUCAGUCAGUGAAGGACAGUUGAAAAAGUUUAGGUACGUGAAGUGCAUGAUACUCCAACUUAUGCAUGGGUGCAGAUGCGGAAUUUUCCUUUUGCUUGCACAUCCUGGAGCUGCCCUCAUUCAAGCAUGUUGUAUGUUGUCAAUGUCCUACCCUUAACGUUGAAACUGUUACAUAAUCUGUGGGUGCUGGUGAAACAGGCAAACGUCAGUGACAAUUUUAGUAGGUAGCAAACCUGUCUGCUCUGGAUUUUCAGUAAGUCUCUUUGCUUUCUCUAAAGCUAUGCCCGGUUUUGACGUUCGAUGCCUGUAGCGACCUUGUAGUGCACUUUUAAAUACCUAUGACGGCGAUUUUUCCUUAUUCAAAUCUUUCCAACAUCCCGAUGGAAUCUUAUGUCUUUUGUCUCUAAUUUAAGCAUAACAGCGAGGU